UCCGUAUCGUUUAGCAGUCGCCGUUCGCCUUCGCCCGCACGAUUUUCCGCGUUCGUCCCGUCGCGCUUUCCGCCGGCAACACUCGCCGUACACCGUACGUCAGGUUUACGCAAAAAAUAAAAUCCUUUAAUUUUUCCUUUUUUUUAAUACCUUAAGUAUUAUCGACGCCGGGAGGACGCGUUACGGUCUGUCAAAUCGAUUUCGCAUAGAUUGUUUUUCCACUGCUCGUCGGUCGAGCUGUUCUCGCGUCUUCCAAAUUUUCCGCUCCGACAUCCUCUCACCGUCGGUGCGCCGUGUGACACGUGUAGAGUGAGUGACAGUGCCGUUAUAACACAACGCAACGAUAUCACAAUAUUUCCAUAAAUAUCGCGAUCGUCGUGGUCCGUUUCCGGUUCAGUAUCGGCUGCACCAGUUAUCGUUCCGGGUGGAGAAAAAAUCAAAAAAAAAAAAAUCACGCCGAUAAUCUGGAGACAUUUCGUUCACUAUACCUGUUCGCUAUGCCAGUGGUCAUAAACGGUCUUAGUGGUCGUCGCGCCGCGUGAAAUCAGCCUGACAAACGUGUCGACGUAAUCGCACGUGCAGGAUGAGGCCGUUUGUGGUCGGCGUGGGAUUGGCACUGCUGCUGACCAUCGGGACGUUCCGUGGCGCCAUAUGCUUGCAAAAUGGCAAUGGGAAAAAAAACUCAGUGCCGGAAACUGGUGGAAAACCCGCCGAAAAACCUUUGGCUCCUGUGCGUGGUGGCUCCACGGUUCUGCCUCCGCGGAACACGUCCAAUUCGACCACCGCGGUGGCCACAACGGAAGUAUCGAACGCGACGCAAAGCAGCGCACUGGACGACACGCAACUCCAACGGACAUUACUGAAACCGAAGUUUUUGACAGAAAACUCGUCGACCGUUGUCGCGCAGACAGGAGCGGCUAGCCGGAUAUCCUGUCUCGUCGCCAACCUGGGUGACUGCGUGGUUUCCUGGAUUCGUAGACGAGACUACCGACUACUCACCGUCGGCCUAUCCACAUACACGGAAGAUUUGCGGUUUCAAUCUCUGCACCACGUUCAGACUGGGGAUUGGACACUACAGAUAAAAUACGUUCAACUACGAGACGCCGGUUUGUACGAGUGUCAAAUAUCAUCACAUCCACCGAAAAGCAUUUUUAUCAAUUUAAAAGUUGUCGAGGCACAGGCCGAGAUAGCCGGCGCUUCCGAGAAGUAUCUGAUGCUGAACAGCCCGCUGCAUCUGGAAUGCGUGGUCCAGCAGAGCCCCGUGGACCCGGUAUACAUAUUCUGGUACCACGACAGCCGAAUGAUCAACUACGACAUCGACCGAGGUGUGAACGUCACGUCCGACUUACCGAACAAGCACAGCGCAUUGUACAUUGAACGCGCUUCCCGCGCUCAUUCCGGCAACUACACGUGUGCACCAAGCAACGCGUUCCCUGCCAACACGGUCAUACACAUUCUCAACGGUGAGAACCCGGCGGCCAUGCAACACGGACACGGACGAAGUCUGAACAUGCUCAGCUGUCCGUCCAUAUGGAUACUCAUACCGUCCCUAGUCAUGUUCGUCAACUUCAAUACAAAUUGAGAGCACAAUUUAUUGGCGUGCGACUGUGCGCGCUCGCGAAACGGAAAACGCUACAAUAAUAUUAUUAAUAAUAACGAUAGCAGAUUACGAAUGGAAAAAAAAUGAACCGUGUAAAUAAAUUUUUGAUUACCGAUAUUAUUAUAGCUUUUAAUCAUUUCUAAGACACCGUUUAUAAUAAUAUUAUUAAAUAUUACGUCAUUGCACACUACGCCAUGGUGUUUUUUUAAUCUCAUUAAUAAUAAUAUUAUGUCUGUCGAUAUAUCUACAUAAU